AUGGUGGCCUUCCCCGACGUGGCCCUGAGCUUCUCCCCCGAAGAGUGGACACGCCUGGAUGUCUCUCAGAGAGAACUCUACAGAGACGUCACGCUGGAGACGUACCAGCACCUCAAGGCCGUGGGGCUUUGCGGGGCGAAGCCGGCGCUGAUCUCGUGGCUGGAAGGAGGCGCCGUGGGGAAGAUGCCGAGAGGCGUGUUUGCAGAUCGCGGAGCACGGGUUCGAGAUUGGGCGCGAUUCGUUCCUGGAACGGCUUCCCUGGCUAGGAAUGAGACGGGAUGCGAUCUUGUGCUGUCUUCUGGGGGUGAAAACUCGGGGGGCGACUGUUCUGGAGGGGGGUCGACCGGAGAGACCCUCUUCACUACUACAGAGCCACUGUCCACCCGCCACAGCACCCCGAAAUCUGUUCCUCCCAAUCCACGAACCCCCAAUCCCAUGGCUCGACCGUCCUGGACUGAAGAACCAUCGUUAUUCUUUUCGAGUUCCUCACGACGACCGGAUCAGAGAAACAUCCCCCUGGGACCCGAACCCUCGAAGUGUGAGCCGUGCGUGGGGGCCUUCCCGUGUCCCCGACUUCGUGUCCUGCCCUCGGAUGCCCCCAACACACGGGGUCCAUCGUCUGACCAUCAGCGAGGCCUGGACGCCCCGAAAAAUCCGACCCACCCGAUGGACCCGGAGGAAAUGCCAACAGGGGAGAACUUACAGACGUGUGCGGAUCACGGUAAAGCCUUCAGCUGUCCCAUGGCUGUAAACAUGAAAGGAAAGCUUCAUACGUGUGAGGAACAUGGGAAAACAUUCCCCAAGGCCUCCGACCUUACCUGUCACGCGGGAGAAAAGCCACAUACAUGUCAGGACUGUGGGAAAUCCUUCACACAUCUGUCAGAUCUUACUGUCCACCAGAAACUUUAUACAGGACAGAAAUCACACGCGAUUCCAGACUGUGGAAAGGCCUCUGGUCACCCCAAAAACCUAACUGGCCGCGAGAAAGCCGUCCCCAAGGCCCGCAAGGUCCACGCGUGCCCCGACUGCGGGAAAACCUUCAGGGAGGCGUCGAACUUCCGAAGGCACCGGAGGAUCCACACCGGGGAGAAACGACACGCGUGCGGGGAAUGCGGGAAGGCCUUCAUCCAGUCCUCAGACCUCGCUGGACAUAUGAAAGUCCACACUGGGGAGAAGCCCUUCGCCUGUCCGGACUGCGGAAGGGCCUUCGGCCACCGCUCCACCCUCACGAGACACAGGACCGUCCACACCGGGGAGAAACCGUACAAUUGUCGGGACUGCGGGAAAUCCUUCCGACACGCGUCCACGCUUCGCAGCCACAGGAAGACGGACGCGGGCAGCAAGGCCUACGCGUGUCCCGUGUGCGGGAAGGUCUUCUCCAAGGCGUCCAUCGUCUUGUGUCAUAUCAGCGUCCACGCUGGACAAAAACUCUACCCGUGUCCAGAAUGCGGGAAGGCCUUCUACUACCAUUCUAGCCUCACACGCCAUAGCAAGGUCCACGCUGGACAGCAGGCCUACAGAUGUGAUGUCUGUGGCAAGGCCUUCGUCCAGCUGUCGCACCUCGCCGGACACUUGAGUGUCCACUCUGGGGUGAAGCCGCACACCUGUGACCAGUGCGGGAAGGGCUUCGCCCGCCCCUCGUCCCUCCUGGCCCAUAGGGAGGUCCACUCCAACGCCACGCGUUAUCCGUGUCCCGAAUGCGGGAAGACGCUGAAAAGGGCCUCGAGCCUGGCCCGACACAGGCUGCUGCAUAGUGGACAGAAGCCUCACAUCUACUCAGACCGGAAGUGGAUCAACGUCACUUCCGGACAUUUUCCCGCGCUUCUGUCCCUGAGGGGGGUCCCCUUGCAGCAGGGGGGUUCAGGAGGGACGACUUUCUCGUCCGUCGAGGGCCCCAGAGCUGUUGAAUUUGGGGCCUGGAUCCAUUGGUAG